AUGAGUGCAUCACGGGUCGGUCGGGCGGCCCUGAAAGCAGGCAAAACGCCCAUCUCAGGCAAAGGCAUCAAAAAGCCCAUCGACAGCCCAGGAAAACCCCUCCCCAAACGCGCCAACCCCCACCUCACAAACCUCCACUCCAACCCCCCCACCCCAACCCACAAAAUGUCCCCCCGAACCCUGACCAUCUUCGGCGUCGGCGCCCUCGGCAUCAGCACCUACUGCGGCUUCCUAUACGCCUCCUACCGGCGCGAAGUCGCACAAUCGCAAACCCUCUCCGUCCCGGAGGACGUCUCCGACAGAUACAACCACACAGCGCGCACCUUCGACGCGGACGUCGCGCUCUCCGAGAAACUAAUGCGCCUCGGCGCCAAGCGACGCGAUCUCGUCCGGCGCGCCCGCGGCGACGUCCUCGAGGUGAGCUGUGGCACGGGUCGCAAUCUCGAGUACUACGAGCUCGGCGCGGAGAAGGCCAGGGGGUGUCGGUCUGUGACAUUCGUGGACCUCAGCCCGCAGAUGGUGGAGAUCACGCGCGAGAAGUUCCGGAAGCUGUUUCCUGGGUUUGGGAAUGUUGCGUUCCGCGCGGAGGAUGCUCAUGCCGUGACUACGGGCCCUCCUACUCCUGCCGGUGGUGCGGCGCGCGGAUGCUACGAUACGGUCGUGCAGACGAUGGGCGUCUGCUCGAUGCCGGACCCUGUCGGCGCGCUGCGCCAUCUGGGUAGUAUUACGGAGCCGCAGAGGGGCCGUAUCUUGUUGCUGGAGCAUGGGCGCUCGUACUACGACUGGCUUAAUCGCGUUCUGGAUAACUUGGCGCCGGCGCAUGCGGAUAGGCACGGGUGCUGGUGGAAUCGGGAUAUCGGUGCUAUUGUGCGCGAGAGUGGGCUGGAGGUUGUUGAGGAGAGACGGUGGCACUUUGGAACGACGUGGGAGUAUGUGUUGAGACCAAGAAGGUGA